AUGGCUUCUUCACUACUCUCCGUUUCCCUCUCCUCCACCACUGCACCUCAUCUCCUCCGCCUUUCUUCUCCUUUUAAGGGCAAUGUGAGCACUUUGAAGGCCAAUUCAUCCCAAUUCACCUCCAUAAAGCUCUGCGACCCUAAAUCCAACCGAACUAAAUCGCUCUCGCUCGUCUGUUCGGCUGCCUCCUCCGUGCAGGAAUUUUCCGGGAGCACCGGGAAUGUCCGGUUCCGGCUGAACAACCUGGGCCCGCAGCCGGGUUCCCGCAAGAAUCGGAAGCGAAAGGGUCGGGGGCACUCGGCCGGGCAGGGCGGCAGCUGCGGCUUUGGGAUGAGGGGCCAGAAGUCCCGGUCGGGCCCCGGCGUCCGGAAGGGGUUCGAGGGUGGGCAGAUGCCCCUCUACAGAAGAAUCCCCAAAUUGAGAGGGAUUGCGGGAGGCAUGCGUGCUGGAUUACCAAAGUAUGUGGCUGUGAACUUGGGGGAUUUAGAACUAGCAGACUUUGAAGAAGGAGAAGAGGUUUCCUUGGAGUCUUUGAAGAUGAAAGGUCUCAUCAAUCCAUCUGGAAGGGAAAGGAAGCUCCCUCUUAAGAUAUUAGGUGAUGGACAAUUGAGUGUGAAACUCAAUAUCAAGGCACGGGCUUUCUCAGCCUCGGCAAAAGAGAAGCUGGAGGCAGCGGGCUGCUCGAUGACUGUUGUUCCGGGCCGAAAGAAAUGGGUCAAGCCAUCUGUGGCCAAGAACGUGGCUCGGGCCGAAGAAUACUUCGCCAAGAAAAGAGCCCAAUCCGAAUCAACCAACUCCUCCCCUUCUGCCUGA